AUGCAAUUUAUGCCAUUACGCCAGAUUCUUCAAAAAUUUUUUGCUUUAGAAAAUGUACUAACUGAUACUCUGAAAUAUAUGGAAAGUUUGUCUAACAAUAAUAGUAUUAUUAGCAACUUUAUUCAGGGAUCUUUUUGGCAAUCUAAAUUACAAAAACAUAAUGGGCAUACUGUUUUACCACUGUUCAUGUUCUUUGAUGAUUUCGAAAGUGGGAAUGUGCUUGGUAGUCACUCUGGGAUUCACAAAUUAGGAGCAGUAUAUGUAUCUGUCGCAUGCAUUCCUCCAUAUCUUAUAACAGUUUUGUCUAAUAUUUUUAUGGUUCUCUUGUUUCAUUCUGCUGACCGAGAAGAGUUUAAAAACAAUAUUAUUUUCAAACCUAUAAUUGAUGAGUUCAAUUUUUUACAAAGUAAUGGCAUUGAAAUUAAUACAUCUGUCUUUAAAGGAAAAUUAUACUUUGAAUUAGGUCUUAUCCUAGGUGAUAACUUAGGUUUACAUGCUAUUACUGGCUUUACCGAAAGCUUUUCUUCCAAUUUUCCUUGUCGGUUUUGUAUGAUACAAAGAGAUAGAAUGAAAAUCUUAUGCUAUGAAGAUGAAAAUCUUCUCAGAAAUGUUGAGCAACAUAAUGUACACGUUAUCGAACAAAACAUUUCAGCAUCAGGAGUAAAAGAGGAAUGUGUUUGGUUAGGUAUAAAACAUUUUAGUCUCUUUGACCAGGUAGGUGUGGAUUGGAUGCAUGAUUUCCUUGAAGGUUGUGCAAAAUAUAUUUUUGCUUUUAUUAUACCUUACUAUGUUAAUGAAUUAAAACUUUUUUCUCUUCAAAUUUUAAACAAUAGAAUUUUUGGUUUUGAUUUUGGCCCUGAAAAGAAUAAACCUAGUGUGUUUACUAAAGAAAAUGUGAAUCAGGGAAAUAUUCGACAGUCAGCAUCUGAAAUGUUAGUAUUGAUUAGAUAUUUUGGAUUAUUAAUUGGUGAUUUUGUACCAGUUGAAGAGCCAGUAUGGACAUUGUACAUUACUAUGCGUAGAUCUUUAGAUAUUAUGUUAUCAGUAUCACUUGAAAAAGAUAGCUGCUCAUUGCUCAGAAC